AUGGCGCCCUACUUUGGCCUUCGUGGCGAGGCUUUGAGUCGAGCCAUUAUGUGGCUAGUUGUCUGUCCUGCUUUCGUGACAUAUGGAUACAACCAAGGUGUCACUGGAGGUCUGUUGACACUUAAGUCAUUUGUUGAGGAAUUUCCUCAGAUGAAUACCCUCACAACGACUGGUGCUCAAGAGCGUUAUAAUUCAACAAUUCAAGAAGAUAUUGUAGGAACCGUGGUCGCGCUAUAUACCGUGGGAGGAAUGUUUGGCUCAUUAUCAUGUGUCCAAUUGGGAGAUAUUCUUGGUCGCCGUCGAGUUAUUUUCAUCACAACAUUCAUCUCACUCGUCGGAGCAAUCUUGAUGGCCACAUCUUUCUCUCUCGCCCAGUUCAUCGUCGCUCGAUUAGUUCUUGGAUACGGCACAGGUGGAUAUGUUGCUACUGUGCCUGUUUGGCAAUCAGAAAUCUCGAAACCAGUUAAACGUGGUGCUCACGUAGUUACAGAUGGAAUCUUUAUUGGUGCUGGUAUCACCAUCUCCCUCUGGAUUGACUUCGGUUUCUAUUUCGUCACAGGAAGCUCUGUGUCGUGGCGCUUUCCUCUCGCCUUUCAAAUCGUUCUCUCAUUGGUCGUUAUGGCCUUCGUCAUGUUCUUCCCUGAGUCCCCACGCUGGCUGAUCAAGAAGGGUCGGGUUGAAGAGGCACGGACAAUUUUAGCAGCCCUCGCAGACGUGGAUGAGGAUUGUGAAGAGAUUAAUCUUGAGAUCCGUGACAUUGAGACCUCUCUUGUUCUUUCAGGAUCUGGGUCUUUCAAGGAUAUGUUCACAAUGGGUGAGCAGCGCCUCUUUCACCGUACUGUCCUGGCAGCCUGUGGCCAAAUGUUUCAACAGAUGUGUGGUAUCAAUCUGAUCACAUACUAUGCGACUACAAUUUUCGAACAAUACCUCGGCCUUGACGCAGUACAAUCUCGAAUCCUUGCGGCAUCCAUGUGCCUGACACAACCCUUGGGUGGAUUUUUGGCAUACUUCACUAUCGAUCGUCUCGGUCGGCGUGUUCUUAUGCUGUGGAGUGCCGUUGGCAUGUCAAUCUCCAUGACAAUUCUGGCCGGAACAAAUUCUCUCAGCAACAGCAAUGGCGCUAUGAUUGCUGCGGUUGUUUUCCUCUUCGUCUUUGAAUUUAUUUUCACUGUCGGAUAUUCCGGUUUAACCUUUCUCUACGCAACCGAAGUCGCUCCUCUGCAGCUACGAGCAGCUAUCAGCGCCGUAUCUACUACCGCGGUGUGGAUGUUCAAUUUCCUCCUGGCUGAGGUCACACCUGUAGGAUUUGACACUAUUUCAUGGCGAUACUAUAUCAUUUUCGCCGUUUUGAAUGCUGCAAUCGUGCCCGUUGUGUACUUUUGUUUCCCUGAAACAAACGGUCGUUCUUUGGAGGAAAUCGACGAAAUCUUCCUUCAAUCGAAGAGCAUUUUCGAUCCACCACGAAUUGCCCGCUCCUUGCCCAGAAUUCACGUUGCUGAAACCCAGGGCAUGGAUGCCGAGUUCGCAAAAGGUGUUGAGAGUGAUGACGCAGGCAUGCAGGAGGCCAAGGCCUAA